AUGAAUGAACCAGCUGAAACUUUCUGUUUUAUUCAGGCAAACAUGUCUACCGCAACACUUUCAUCCCACUGUAUGUUCACAAUUGUACCCCCGAGCCGAAGUACAAGUGCCUUUAUCAAGAGCCCAUCCUCUCUAGGAUCUGUAAAGAGCAUCUCGAAAACAUUUGGCUUGAAAUCCACCUAUGGUUUCAGAGCAUCUGCAAUGGCAGUAUACAAGAUAAAGCUGAUUGGAGAGAAUGGCGAAGAGACCGAGUUUGAAGCCCCUGAUGAUGCUUACAUCCUGGAUUCCGCAGAGAAUGUAGGAAUUCAGCUUCCAUAUUCUUGCAGAGCUGGUGCAUGCUCCACCUGUGCUGGGAAGAUUGCAUUGGGUUCUGUUGAUCAGUCUGAUGGAUCCUUCCUCGAUGGGAGCCAAGUAAAUCAGGGUUACCUGCUCACUUGCAUCUCCUACCCAACUUCAGAUUGUGUGAUUCAUACUCACAAGGAAACCGAGCUAUAUUGA